AUGUACCUGGUUCUCGGCACGUAUUAUGUCCCCAUGUGUACCUGGUUCUCGGCACGCUUCAUGUUCCCGACUGUACCAGCGAUCCGCGGCAAGUUUCACGUCCCUCGACUGUACCGACGGCCUGUGGCACGUUUCAUGUCCCCGGCUGUACCGGCGCGCAGCCCCGCUGAGGUCUCCAUCAGCGCCGGAAUUGCGUGCUGGCUUAAUCGGCCGCAGAGCUGUCGUGUGGGGGUGACGUGGGUGCACCGCAAGCCGGACGCCAUCCGCCUGCUGACGGUGGGGCGCAGCGGCUACAGCGCCGACCAGCGCGUGGCGCUCAGCUUCCGCUACCCCAACAACUGGCGGCUGCAGAUCCUGUACGUGAGCCGCCGGGACCAGGGCGUGUACGAGUGCCAGGUGGCCACGCACCCGCCGCGCGUCAAGCAGGUCUUCCUCAAGGUCACAGCCCCGGAGGUGGUGAUCCUGGACGAGAACCACCACCCGGUGGAGGAGCGCUACUACAAGGCCGGCAGCGUGGUGGAGCUGACCUGCCUGGCAGACCAGCUGGAGGCGGGCGACGGGGUCACCUGGACCCACGGCGACGCCGUCAUCGCCGCGGGCAUCAGCCUGAACACGAGCCUGGGGCCCGGCAGUGUGGCCGCCACCUUGAAGGUGAACCCUGCCAGGAAGAGUCACUCGGGCAACUACUCCUGCCGGGUCGGCGACAUCUCCUCGGCCACGGCUGUCCUACAUAUCCUCAACGGUGAAAUACCAGCGGCCGUGCAUCACGGGAACUCCGCAGUCUGGCAUCGUCCCGUUCACGUCCGACUGUUGGUCGCACUUCUGCUGCACUGGCCCGUGCUCCGGUGACGUUGAGAAACAGUGGUGCCAACACUACACUGACUACAACUUUUUUUUUUUUUCAUUUGGCAUAUAAUGUGUUUCGUGGAUUCGCUGUUCUAAUUCAGACAAGUUUCAAGAUGGGCCACAUGAAUUUAGAGAUUAAAAAAAGUUACGUAAAUGUUACUGUAAAUAAAACAAAUUGUUAUAUUUUUCUACAAAAUAAAAAAAAGGAAAUGAAAUCUCGCUGUGAAUGAAUCACAAUGGUUCAUGUUUCUGCAGUGUGACAGUGUAGUUUGAAUGACUAUGAACAUUUCUGUAAGAUACUGACUAGUUCGAGG